CUUUUUUCACCUUUGUGACUUUAUGGUCACUUUUUGUCACCUUAUUGUUACUCUUGGUCUUUUUUUGUCACUUUAUUGCCACUUUAUUGUCACGCUUUGUCACUCUUUGUCUCACUUUUUAAUUUUAUUGUCACUUGAUUGAUACUUUUCGUCACUUGAUUGUCACUUCAGUGUCAUUUUUUGUCACUUAAUCGUCCUCUUCAAUUCAAAAUUCUGUUCUGGGUUUCUUUUUUGUUUCUCAAUAACUUUUUAUUUCCUUUACCUACGUAGCCAUGGUCCAAUGCUGUCUUCUAAAAAUACUAGCUUUUGUCAAAUGAUUUUUUUAUUUUAAUAUCCAUUUCUAUAUAAUCGUGACAGGUGUUGUCAAAAUACUCAUUGUCUCAAUAAUCAUUACUAUGGUCAUCCCCAAAACCUUGCUGUACUUCUGUGCCCUUGAUCAUUGGUGCAACCGGGCCAGUUACAAAAUUCAGAAGUCUGUCAAAUGGACGUUUCAAUCGUUUAAAAAUCAAAACAAAAGACGAUUUUGAAUCGUUAACGCAUGUUUAAGAACCUUUAAAAUGAGAAAUACAUUGGUGUUUUUGAUGGAAAAUGGCAAUUCCAUGUUCCAAUACUUAUCGUCCUUUGUGACUUCAAGAGUCAGGGCCGCAGAGAGGGGUGGCAAGGGUGGCAAAUUGCCCCAGGGCCUCGAGGCCUAGAGGGCCACAUUAAGUAAUAAAUUUCAUUUUCAAAUGGAAUUCAUUAAGGGUAACAAAAUUAUGCCUUAAAAUAGUAAAACAUUAUAAACGAUAAAUGAAUUCAAGCUAAUCUAAAGGGUGUGGCUGCAGGAUCCUCGUCCUUCGGUUUUGCCCCAGGGCCUCCAAAACCUCUCGGUGGCCCUGUUAAGAGUGGUCACAUUGGAUGGACUGGACAGAAGUUUUUGUUUUUUGAAAAUUGCCACCAACAUUUGAUUUGUGGAAACAUUAGGUUUUUUAUUUUGCUAUGAACCAACAUUGAACUCAUACAAGCAUUUCUGCAAAUAGCCAUCUAUCUUGACAGUAUGUUGGUUUAAUAAAGGAUGUUACCAAUCCAGAUGUUUUUAAUUGCCUUUUUGAUACCAUCUGGCCCUCUAAAUCUAGAGAUUAUUUUCCAAAGCCACUUGAAAAAGCCUUAGAUCCUACAGCUAUUUUAUGUUUCAUAUGAAUUAUUAAAUAUACUUGUAUCAUAUGGCAAUCUAAGAAACGUGUUUCAAUUUAUUUCUCCAUUAUGCUCGCCCAAGAUCUUAAACAAAGGCCUACUUAAAGGAAAAGAUCCUGCAUUUCAAUAAAAUUCACGGAUAGUUUCAAAAUGUCGUCAUUUAUGAAGUAUUUAGACCCUACUGAGGAUCAAGCUUUUUGGACCGAGGUUGAAGAGAGAGCAGAACAAAGCAAAAACAAAGGCGUCGAUAUAAAUGAAUUGAUGCUUGAAGUACGGGCAGAUCGAAUAAUGCGCGACUUUGAUGCGCAAGGGAAAGAACCGAUCCGGGUUAUGAUUAACGAUUGGUAUCAGGAGUAUGAGAAUUGUGAAGCCAAACCUUUGGAAUUCAAUGUUUUAAGAACCGAGGUGUCAGCAAUAGCUGAGAUGCUUAUCAAAAAUGAGUACACGAAGGAAAGGCAGAAGCCGCAUUUGUGCCGAUACUCAAAGCAUUACGUCGUAGAUGAGGCAACGGGCGUUUUUAUGACUCUUCUUCACGAAAUUGCGGAGAAGAACCAGAGUCAAGGUGAAUUUGAUGGUAAAGGUUGCAAGUGGAAUCGCAAUCUUAUUCCAAUUGCAAAAGAGCUGUUAAGAUGGGAUCCUUCGUUGGUAUAUUCAACAACGGAAGGAGAGCCAUUGGAACGAAUUCCCGUAGAACUUGCACUGAAGAACUAUGAUGACGAGAUGGCCUCGUUACUACUUCAGACAAUGAGCAACAAAUGCAGAGUACGUAUGCUGUUUGAGCACGACUACAGUCAAAACUCUGGACCAAGAUUCAAGUUUAUUGAUUUCAUCAGCAAACCUGGAAUGGAGAAAACGGUAAUGGCUGUUCUUGAUAGCUUGGCAAGCCCAUUCUCGACGAUGCUGCCUUCCCUUGAAGCCAGCGGUUUUUUAGCUGCUGCGCCCCAAAAUCAGUUCUACUUCAGAAUUUUGGAUGGCGAUCAAAAUGGUAGAAAGCCUUACAAUGACGACUCUAGCAAUGAUGUUCUUUUCAACUGGAACCAAAUGUCUUGUUUACAAGCAAUUUGCAUGUCCAGAUACAAAGAGGCUGCUAUGAGACAUCCUGUUGUUCGACUUCUUGCCAGGCGAAAAUGGAAUUUAUUUGGACGAUUUCAUGUCAGAUUUCAUUUAGCAGUAUACGUGGCGUUCUUGUUUGUGAUGUCAUUUGCGUUGAUCGGACCAUGUUAUCAGGAGACUUACCGCACAAAUCUUGGUAGACUGAUUCUCUCUGGCGAGAUAUUUUGCUUUUUAGCUUGCUUGACCUAUCUAGGCAUGGAACUGGAUCAGUUUUGCAGAGAAAGGAAGUAUUACUUCUAUGAUGUUUACAAGUAUCUCGAUAUUUUGGGAAUUGCCUCACUAAUGCUAGCCUUGCUACUCCGAUGGUCCAAUUGUCACCAGCAUUUGAUUUCCUCACUUGCCUUCAUCGUCAAUUUUCUCCGUCUCUUCAAGUUUCUAGCUGCGUUCAGUGCAUCUGGUAUUUAUCUGGCUACAAUUUCUUCGCUGUUCAAGCAAAACCUCCCAGUGUUUACAUCCGUAUAUGCAAUCAUAAUGGUGGCAUUUUCUGGGAGCUUGUUCAUAGCGAGCAGAGGUGAAGGGACAGCGACGUCUCUCCCUUUUGAGGAUGUUCUUCUGCGGCAGAUUCGCGGUAUUACCGAGGGACAAGCGUUUGCUGAAUCAUAUAGUGGCAUUGGGCCUCUGGCAACCUUUCUGAUUUUAGUUGGUACCAUGACUUCAAGCGUAAUCUUGACAAAUCUGCUGAUUGCACAGCUUAGUGAGUCUUACUCAACAGCUAAACAAAACGCCGUACUGCAGUAUGAUAUUGCGAAACUACGCUUUGCAGUGAAGAUAGAAAACGGGAGAACAAAAAGAACGUGCCUGAGGACGAAACAUUACCAAGAUAAAACCGUAGCGAGCAAUGAUGAGUUAUUAUAAGUUCUGUGUUUCCUGCGGGGGGGGGGGGGGGGGGGGG